AUGGCUGAGGUUGCCGUCUCAACUGUGGUUCCAAAGCUAGUGGAGCUGCUGAUGGCGCAAGCAGCGGGGGCGGUUUCACAGUUGGCAGGGGUAAGAGGGCAGGUGGAGAGUUUGAAGAACGAAUUGGGGUGGAUGCAGAGCUUUCUCAGGGACGCAGAUGCCAAACAAGAAGCCAACGACCGAGUUCGCAUGUGGGUGUCGGAAAUCAGAGACGUGACUUUCGAGGCAGAGGAACUCAUAGAAACCUAUGUGUACAACACAACCAUGCAGAGUAGGUUGGACAAGGUGUUCAGACCUUUGCAUCUGUACAAGAUCAGAACCAGGAUCAACAAGAUCCUGUCCAAGGUUAAGAGUAUAUCCAACAGGCGAGAAACAUAUGGCGUAGAAAUGACCGGUGAUGAUGGUAGUAAUAGUAAUGAAAGGUUGAGGCACUGGAGACAGCCUUCACCUUAUUCUGAGGAAGAGUAUGUUAUUGAGCUUGAAGAUGACAUGGGGUUAUUUCUUACCCAGUUGCUUGCCCUGGAGCCAACGCCUUACGUAGUUUCUAUUGUUGGAAUGGGUGGUUUGGGGAAAACCACUUUGGCCAAGAAGCUCUACAAUCACACCAAAAUCACCAACCAUUUUGAGUGCAAAGCGUGGGUGUAUGUCUCUAAAGAGUACAGGAGGAGGGACGUUCUAGAAGGGAUUCUCAGGGAUGUGGAAGCUCCCCCCAUAACUGGAAUGGAGAGAAUACCCGAGGAAGAGUUGAUUAACAAGCUGCGCAAUGUGUUGAGAGAGAAAAGGUAUCUGGUGCUGCUUGAUGAUAUUUGGGGGAUGGAGGUUUGGGAUGGGUUAAAGUCUGCCUUUCCUAGAGGGAAGAUGGGAAGUAAGAUAUUGCUCACCACAAGGAAUUGGGAUGUUGCUUUACAUGCUGAUUCCUGUAGCAAUCCUCAUCAGUUGCGGCCGUUGACAGAAGACGAGAGUUUGAGAUUGCUCUGUAACAAAGCUUUUCCUGGAGCGAAUGGCAUCCCCUUAGAGUUGGAGAAUCUUGCGAAGGAGAUUGUGGUCAAAUGUGGAGGUUUGCCUUUGGCUGUGGUAGUGGUUGGUGGUUUGCUGUCUAGGAAACUCAAGUCAAGUGGGGAGUGGAAACGGGUGCUGCAAAAUAUCAGCUGGUACUUGCUAGAAGAGCAAGAGAAGAUAGCAAGAAUUUUGGCCCUAAGCUACAAUGAUUUGCCUUCUCAUUUAAAAUCGUGCUUUCUAUAUUUGGGUCUUUUCCCAGAGGGUGUGAACAUUCAGACUAAAAAAUUGAUCAGACUAUGGGUAGCGGAGGGAUUUCUUCUGCAAGAAGGGGAAGAAACUGCGGAAGGUGUUGCACAGAAAUACUUGAAUGAGUUGAUUGGUAGGUGCAUGAUUCAAGUGGGAACAGUAAGCUCGUUAGGCAGAGUCAAAACAAUUCGCAUCCACCAUCUGCUUAGGGAUCUUUCACUCUCUAAAGGGAAAGAAGAAUAUUUUCACAAAAUAUUUCAAGGUGAUGUGGCAGGUCCGUCCAGUAAAGCCCGCCGCCAUUCCAUACAUUCUUGCGAUGAGAGGUAUGACUUCUUAAAACACAAUGCUGAUCAUUCACGUUCCUUGCUGUUCUUCAACAGAGAAUAUAAUGCAGAUAUAGCGAGGAAACCCUGGCUUCCUCAGCAAGAAAAGAAGUUGGAUUUCAUCUACAAGAAAUUUAAGCUUCUCAGGGUAUUAGAAUUAGAUGGUGUUCGAGUAGUUAGCCUGCCAAGCACGAUAGGGCACUUGAUUCAGUUGAGGUAUCUAGGAUUGAGGAAGACUAAUCUAGAAGAAGAACUUCCACUUUCCAUUGGGAAUUUGCUAAACCUACAAACACUUGAUUUAAGGUAUUGUUGUUUUUUGAAGAAAAUACCAAACGUAAUGUGGAAGUUGGUGAAUUUGAGACAUCUGCUCCUGUACACUCCAUUUGAUCCUCCAGAUAGUGGCCAUCUACGGCUGGACACGUUAAUCAAUCUACAAACCCUACCACACAUUGAGGCUGGAAACUGGAUCGUAGAUGGUGGUUUAGCGAAUAUGGUCAACCUCAGGCAAUUGGGGAUUUGUGAAUUAUCGGGAAAACUGGCGAAUUAUGUACUUUCUACCGCACAAGGAUUAAACAACCUUCAUUCACUGUCACUAUCACUUCAAUCUGAAGAGGAUGAAUUUCCAAUCUUUAUGCAUCUGUCUCAGUGCACUCAUCUCCAGAAGCUCUCUUUAAAUGGAAAGAUCAAGAAACUACCUGAUCCACAUGAGUUCCCACCAAACCUCUUAAAACUAACUCUACAUAACUCCCACCUAAAGAAGGAGUCUAUUGCCAAACUGGAGAGAUUACCAAACCUUAAAAUGCUCGUUUUGGGUAAAGGGGCAUAUAAUUGGCCGGAACUGACUUUCAACUCUGAAGGGUUUUCACAAUUGCAUAUUUUGCGACUUGUUCUUUUGAAAGAAUUGGAGGAUUGGACAGUUGAGGAAAGUGCAACGCCAAGGCUUGAAUACAUGGUUAUUGAUCGUUGUGAGAAGCUGAAAAAGAUUCCAGAAGGAGUGAAAGCUAUCACUUCUCUGAAGAAAUUAAAACUUAGAGGAAUGCCAGUAGAUUUUGAACAUAAACUUCGGACUAAAGAUUUCUACGAGUUCACAAAUACUCCAAUAAUUGAAUCGACUACAGACAUUUUGGCUAUUGGUAAGCUACUUUAUUCACCAAUCUGA